GGAGGAAGAUUUCCAAGAGAGAGGCCACAGAAGCGGGUUUGUAGGGGCGGGGGGCGUUUUCUGGGACCUCCCCACGUUUCAGCAGCAGCCCCCGAGGAAGGCAAGAGGGUUGGAAGAUGGGGAGACAGAUGCAGCAGCGCCAGGGAAGCCCGUGAAAAGGGCCUCGCUGUCUGUCGGAGGAAGCCUCCCCUCCCUAACAGUGACUUCCUCCUGGGAUACCGGUCCCGGCCCACCUCGCUCCUCCUGGGUCCCACGGAGCUGGGAGUGAGCUCCCGGGGAGCCUGGCGGGCUUUCUCUGGACGCUGCCUUUCUCAGCCCGACCCGAGCGCAUCCUCUUCAAUGAUCCAAAAGUCCCGGGCCCCGCUACUCAAAACUCAAGAUGUUGGAGACAGAGUGGAAACUCUUAUGUUGCAUCCUGCCAUAAAGGCCUUUCUGUGUGGUUCCAUCGGUGGGACCUGUUCUGCUCUUCUUUUUCAACCUUUGGAUCUGCUUAAAACCCGACUGCAGUCUCUCCCAGCACACCAUGGGUCUAAACGCAUUGGAAUGGUCUCUUUGUUAUGCAAGGUGGUUCGCACAGAGAGUCUGCUGGGACUUUGGAAAGGAAUGUCUCCAUCCAUUGCAAGAUGUGUCCCUGGAGUCGGGAUCUACUUUGGGACCCUCUACUGCAUGAAGCAGUACUUUCUCUUGGGGCAGCCCCCUACAGCCCUUCAGUCUGUCAUGCUGGGUAUUGGCUCCCGGGCUGUUGCAGGGGUCUGCUUGUUACCCAUCACUGUGGUCAAGGCAAGGUAUGAGAGUGGGCAGUAUGGCUAUGAGAGCAUCCGUGGCGCCCUGAAGAACAUCUAUCAAACAGAAGGGCACAAGGGCUUGUUCAGGGGAUUGACG